AUGGCGACAAAAGCAGUCGAGUUCCAUGACGAAUGUGACGACGGCACAGAGCAUCCCCAGCGAAAAGCCUUCCGAGUAAGACACUCAACUAUGAAGCGGCUGAGGUCAAAAACAGCUUCUUUUGCUGAUGUUCAAAACUCUCCAACCUGGUUGCGGCUAGAUGCCAUACACGACGAACAUGUCCGUAAAGUCGUUGCGGGGUCCUACUGGAUUCUCUCAGACGAGUCCAGCCAGAUAUUCGGGAUAUUGAUCUUGCUGCAAUCCAUCUCCUUUGGCGUGGAACUUGGUCUUGAGGGAGAAAACAACGGGACCGGAUUGCUGGAGAGACUUGGUCCAGUACUGUACCUGCUUGCUUUCGUGGAGCUCAUCUUUCUUAUUGUGUUUUCGAUUGAAUAUUCCCUCCGCAGCCAGGCAUUGGGAAGGAAUUACUGCUUCGCAGCUUCAGGAGUGUUUGAUGCGGUUGUGCUAGUCGCGACACUCGCGCACACCGUUGUUUAUUUCCUGGAAGCAAGUUCCGCAAAUACAUCGAACUCGUCUUUACAAACGGCUCGGACGUUCAGACUCCUGCGCAUCAUCCGACUACUGCAGACCUUUCCUGCACUUGCAAUGUUAGUGAAAGGACUAUUUAGCACAUUCAUCGCCAUCCUCGAUGUUAUGAUAUUGCUGACAGCGCUGUGCUAUGCAGGUGCUCUUUUCUGCUGUGAGCUGUUAGGCUCUCCUCAGGAUGGCAACAGCAACAACGGCCUUUUCAGCGGCGUCUUCCAAGGGUUCUUGACGCAUAUUCAAUUAGUCUUGAUCGAAGCCUGGCCCGACAUUGCAGCAGAAAUGAUGCUUCAAUCUCACAUCUGGGGAGUAUACGUCGUUGGGUUCUUGCUGGUGAGCAACUUCGCAGUGCUGAACGUCGUGACUGGCGUUAUAUGUGAGCGAGUUCUACUUAUAGCCUCCAACCAGCCCCCGGCUUCCUUGGAGGAUGCGCUGGAGAAUUUCGUGCAGCUACGAGAGCGCAUCUCCAUGCUGUGCUCUGAUGUUACGAGGAAAACCCCAGACAUUUCGAAGGAGGAGCUGCUGGAGCUGCUGCAGUCUGCUCAGGCCCUCGAAAUUCUGAAGGCCAUGAAAAUUGCCCUCCCACAGACAGCAGAGGACGUGACCAACAUUCUCGACAAGGAUCAUGCCGGCGCUAUUAACUGUGAUGAGCUGCAGGAGGGACUCAUGCGUUUGCGCGGUAGUAGCUAUGAUCGGCUGUCCUUGAACAGCCAUUGCAGCGUUUACAAGACCUUCUGGUCCUCCAGCGAGGCUUUGCAAAACGCUGCAGGAAGACAGAGACGUCUCAUGCGUGAAACCCGACGAGCUAUGACCGAGCGCAUGGCUGAGACGCUGCCUUGGCCGAGGCCCACUCAAGGUUCCCAAGAGCAUUCAGAAAAGGCAGACCUGACAGCCAUCACAACCGCCAUGCACGAGCUGCGCACAUCUCUUGAGGAGUUGCAGAAGCAGUGCUCGCUUCAUUCCCAGCAGGGUCAGGAGUUCACCAGCAAUCCGUCGAUUGCCACGCAGACUGAGUCGCACACGACUCCAUCCGAGUCUGCCUCUCACAGUGUAUCUCCUAUUGAUCCGGUGAGUAGGACUUCUGGGACUUCUGGUUUGCACUAUUUGAAGAGGCCGCUGCCCCCGGUUCCAUCGCCAAGUAUCCCACUGAAAGGGAGCGACCGACAAGCUUGUGUUUCACCGCGCAGUUUCAAAAUGUGGUGUUGGGCUGUCCGAGCUCUACUUAUGACCAUUCUGUCUCCGACCGACUUGAGGAAUGGGCGGCAUGCAUUCUGCCGGUCAAUUUCGUGA